AUCUCUCGUCUUCACUCUCUUUUUUUUUGUGUUUCGUCGAUCUCUAUCGAUCAUGGAUUCGAAUGUUCAUUACACUAUAGAUCUCAAUAAUGAAGAUCAACCUUUUUUCUCUUCUCUUGGAUCCUCUCUUCAUCAAAAUCAUCAUCAACAACAACACUUUCACCACCAAGCUUCGUAUAAUCCCUCAUCUUCAAUGUCACCAUAUGUUUCCUACUUCCCUUUCUUGAUCGACUCUCACCAAGGCCAAGAUCAAGUAUAUGUUGGGUACAACAACAAUACUUUUCAUGGCGUUCUUGAUCAUACCCAUCUCCCACAACCUCUCGAGACCAAUAAGUUUGUAUCGGAUGGUGGUUCAGCAUCAAGCGAUCAAAUGGUGCCAAAAAAGGAGACACGACUUAAACUGACAAUAAAGAAGAAAGAUAAUCAUCAAGACCAAACCAAUCUUCCUCAAUUCCCGACAAAAGGCAAGACGGGAACUAAUACCCUCAAGUGGAUUUCUUCAAAGGUGAGACUGAUGAAGAAGAAAAAGGCAAACAUUACCACCACCGACAGCAACAAACAACAUGUUAAUAACGACCAAUCCUCGAACCAAAGCAAUCUGCAUGGGGAUCAUGAUCAUCUCAAGAAAAUCUCAACAAAUGAUCAGUACAAUAUUAUUGUCAAUCAGAAUGGUUAUGAUGGAAGCAAUGAUUGCGUAGUUAGGAUUUGCUCCGAUUGUAACACAACCAAGACUCCUCUUUGGAGAAGUGGCCCUAGAGGUCCCAAGUCUCUUUGUAACGCCUGUGGAAUAAGGCAAAGGAAGGCCAGGCGGGCUGCAGCAACCGCAACCGCAACCGCAUCCGCAAUCUCUAACAUAUCACCACCGCUCCUAAAGAAGAAGAUGCAAAACAAGAACAAGAGAUCAAAUGAAUUUCAUAAUCUAUCCUCUCCUUCGGCUAAGAGAGUGAUCCCAGUGAAGGAGACCACAUCAGCCAGGGAUUCGGUAUUGUCAUCCUCCUCCUCUUCAGACAAGUUUUAUUUCGAUGACCUAGCAAUACUCUUGAGCAAAAGUUCAGCUUAUCAGCAAGUAUUCCCUCAAGAUGAAAAGGAGGCUGCCAUUUUACUAAUGGCUCUAUCGUAUGGAAUGGUUCACGGAUGAUUAUUUCAAUUGAAACUCACUUCUUAAGAAAUUAGGGAACCACUCCAAUCAAGUACUAUAAAUCAUACCAUAAUAUCUCAUAACUAAUAGUAUCUAGAUUACUUGUUAGAUUAAAGUUUGUUCUUGCGGUGAUAUAGUGAUGAGUCCAACUUUAUGAUGAUAAGAGAAUGUUUUGGGUUUAGUAGAAUUUUGUUGUAAGGCUUAAUGUUUCUAUAAUAAAGCUUGAUAUCACGAUU